GCCGCCAUGUCACAGCGCGGCUCCUCCCGGCACCGCGCAGCCAAUCAGCGCUCGCCGCGGGGCCGGAAGUCGCCGGCCGGAGGCGGAAGCUGGGUCCGCCCGCCCUUCUCCGUAGACAUGGCCGGCGGUGCGGAGGCGGCGUGGUUGAGUGUUGAGAUCGAGCAGCGGGAGCGGGAGCUGCGCAGCUUGCGGGAGCAGUUAGCUGCUGUCCUGGCGGGGGAGUGCGGUGGAGCCGCCGAGCAGGGUGCCGAUGCCGCCGACGCCGCCUUCCCCGCCAAGCUCCCCCCUCUGCCCGCCCAGGCCGCGCUGAGUCCCGCCGAUAUCCUGCGGUACAGCCGGCAGCUGGUGCUGCCUGAGCUGGGCGUGCGGGGACAGCUGCUGCUGGCCCGCUCCUCCGUGCUCGUGGUGGGCUGCGGCGGUCUGGGUUGCCCCCUCGCCCAGUACCUGGCCGCGGCCGGCGUGGGCCGCCUGGGGCUGGUGGAUCAUGACGUGGUGGAGACGAGCAACUUGCACCGGCAGGUGCUGCACGGGGAGGCCCGCCGGGGGUUCCCCAAGGCCGCGUCUGCCGCGGCGGCCUUGCGGCAGCUCAACUCCACGGUGCAGUACGUGCCCUACUGCGGGGCUCUGAGUCCGCGCAGCGCCUUGCAGCUGGUGCGGCAGUACGACGUGGUGGCCGACUGCUCCGACAACGUGCCCACCAGGUACUUGGUGAACGACGCCUGUGUCCUGGCUGGGAAGCCCCUGGUGUCUGGCAGUGCUCUCCGGCUGGAGGGGCAGCUGGUCGUGUACAACUACCAGGGAGGGCCCUGCUACCGCUGCCUUUUCCCCAAACCACCUCCACCAGAGACGGUGACUAACUGUGCGGAUGGGGGAGUGCUGGGUGUCGUGCCGGGCAUCGUGGGGUGUAUUCAGGCCUUGGAAGUGUUGAAGAUUGUUUCAGGGAUGGGUUCCUCCUUCAAUCGGUUCAUGCUGAUGUUUGAUGCCCAGGAAGGGCGGUUUCGCAACAUCAAGUUAAGACCGAAAAGAUCAGACUGUGCUGUUUGUGGUGACAAUCCAUCUGUCACUUGCCUUCAGGAUUAUGAGGCAUUUUGUGGCUCUUCUGCGACAGACAAAUGUAGAACUUUACAUCUGUUGUCCAGCAAAGACAGGAUAUCUGUUGAGGAAUACAAAAAACUGUUGGAUGGGCAAAUUCCUCAUGUAUUGCUAGAUGUUCGCCCGCAGGUUGAAGUGGAUAUCUGUCGCCUGGAACAUGCUGUCCACAUUCCUUUGAGUAAAUUAGAGGAAAAAGAUGAAGAAUAUCUGGAAUACUUACAGAAAAGAAUUUGUGAAGAAAAGCAGAGAACUGAUGGCCAAACAUGUUUUCCUGUGUAUGUUGUUUGCAAAUUAGGAAAUGACUCCCAGAAGGCUGUAAGAAUUCUGCAGGAGUUACCUGUCAAAGAAUUUGGUCCUGUAUUAGCUAAGGAUAUUAAAGGGGGGCUCAUGUCUUGGGCCAGUAGAAUUGACCCAACAUUUCCUCAGUACUAAAAAUUUAAAUGUUAAAAAUAAAAAAGAAUAUUAACAGUAAAUUCUCUAGAGUUUAAUUUUCUUUGUGCAACAUCUAUAUCAUGUGAGUCAAAUGAGAUAUAAAUACUAUGCUCUUUUUAAUAGUAUAUUUUAAAGUUAAAUGUAUUUUUAUAGAUGCUUGAUUUUUUUUUUUAAUGUAAAAAUAUGAAACUAUUCAUAGAAAUUGGAAGAAAUAAAUUUUUUGUUCUUAUUUAAAAGUGAACACUUGGAAUGAUUGCUUAAUUGUGCAUGUGAUGAUUGUUUGUUUUUAAUGACCAAUGCAUUAUUUUGUUGUAAAGAGCUAUGUACGUCUAAGUAGUUCUCAUAGAUAAACUGAAUGAAUAAGAAAUAGUGUCACAACAGGGAGCUGCCACAGUCCUCAUCAUGUAUACAUAGCAAUUAUACUAAUACAGAUGUAGGUUCUUUUUUAAUUUCUGAGGAGGAAAACAUCUGUCAUGACCAAUCUUUGCAUUACACAAGAUGAAAGAGAAUGCUAACAUUAUAAUAAUUAUUACGAAUUAUUAGUAGUUAAUAAUUAAUAAUUAUUAUUAAUAGUAAAAAAAGUAGAUUUUAACAAAAUAAGUUGUGGAACAUCCACAUCACCUACUUUACUGUAACAUGCCGUGCAUUUUAGCAGUAACAGAUACAUUUAUGUAUACGGAGAUAUCUUUGCAGUUUAGAGGACAACAAAAGCAUUCAAGGCCAUGACUUAAUGUAAUUGUGGUAUGUAACGUGGGAGUCGUAAGUAAAGACCACUUGAGGCAGGGUGUCAAGGCUUGGUUGAAUUUUGGGUUUUGGUUUUUGGGAAUCAGAAACCAGAGAGACUUACCUGAAAUGCAUGACUUCGUUUUCAUUUUUUCUGUGUUGAGUGCAAUGGCAAUGAUUCUUUAAUGUCUGACCUACUGAUGCUAAACCCUUAGUGAUACGUCACACAUCCACUUGACCUGAAAAAGUGAUCCUUUUCAGUCACUGAAAGCAAGGUGAACGUAUGAACGUUCCACUGAUACUUUUGGGGACAGGAUGAAGAAGAAGACUGAUUCUAAAUGUGUGCUGCUUCCAGUAGAUAGAAAUCAUGUUUAUAGUCUUUUCCUGAUUACAUUCUUAGGGGCGGAUUUACACAAACUGUGAAAGAAAAAAAGAGCUGAUAAUAAAGCCUGCUAUGUUUUGUGUGACUUUUUGUUGCUGUCCACUCAUUUAUGUGGGCUUGCUGAAGCACUAUGCAAAUUUUACUGUCUUCAAGAUGUGCUGGACUCUUGGGAGAUUAUGUGAAAAAUCAAGAGUGAGAAUCAUUACUGAGCCCAAAUUGAUCUUAUUGGAAGCUUACCUUUCAUUCUGGCUUGAUUUAUUUGUUGAACUCUUCUCAAACACAGCAGACACAUGGUGAUUUCUCUUUGCACCAGGAAGUGUCAUAGCGUAUCUCCAGAAUUUCGAAGAGAAGCAAUAAAACUCUCAUUUUGUAUUGCUGCCAACGUACUGCCUAAGUAUUGAUGCAUGUUGUCAUUGUGAAUAAAAAUGAGCUGCUUUAUUUAAGGAGCUUACAGUGCAGUUGGUCUGAUGUCUUACCAGAAGGGGUCAGGGCACUCAACAGAGUGUCUUUUUAUCUCUCAGUCUUGAUGUUGUGAGGCUUCUUUUUGCUUCUUUGAUCAUACUUUCUUUUAAAGUGGCUUACUGGAUUUUGGCACAGGGACUGCAGGAAACAGCUUCCUGUUGGAGGUUUAGAAUAAUAGGCAGUGGCUGCAGCAUUUGUUCUUGAUUACUGUGUUUGAAUGUCUGCCACAUGUAGGUCUAGAGGAUAGCUUCAGGGUUCAGGAAUAAACUUAAAUACAUAAAUUUGUUUUCUCUUAAGAUGUGGUGGUUAUUUUAAGGCACAGCAAA